UAGAAAUAAAAAUGUUAAAGUGAAACUAAACUGUGUCCCAUGGAAAAACCGAUGAAUUAUGAAAUUACAACUGUUUAUUUUGAGCAUGGAUUUAGAUUUCUAAUUAUACGUCCUUGUUUGGAUAUACAUCUACAUCUACAUCGUUGAAAAGCAAAGCUGUUACCAGAAGUCUGUCUGACUCUAAGUAAAAAUAAAUCAGAAGUCUGUUUAAGUGAAAAGGGAUAGAAGUAUGAGUGGGAAACAGGAAGAAACUACAAGAGGAGGGGAUGAGGUAGAUCUUCAAAAUGGGGGUAGUCAAAUGAACACCAAACAUGCCAAAGGAGGUUAUGACCAAGCUGAUACUCUAGGUCAACAAGAAGAUCCAUCUUCUAAAGAGAUACAACAACAAGAUUUAAAUCAACCUCAAAAUGAUUUAAAAAAUCCUAAUACAGACAUGGAAGACAUAAGAGAUAAAGAAUUUAAUUCACCAAGGUAUAACACAUGUGGAAAUGUUGGUAAAGCAGUUAUUGUAAGCAACUUUAUGGAGGGAUGGAAGGCAAAACAAGGAGACAACUUGGUAGCAAGGUCAUAUGCCAAGAAUGAUUGUGAUAUGCUAGAAAAAUCACUUAAAAGUCUAGGAUUUCAACCGUUGGAUGAAAAUGAAGACAGUAUGGUAUACAAAAAUCUAACAAAAAGUCAGUUUGAAGCCCUAUACAAAAAAGCUGCAAAAGAAACCAACUACAGACCUAAAGGAGGUGAAGGAUAUACCUGUGUACUGUUUUUUGUCAUGUCAUAUGGGAGAUCAGGAUUGAUACAGUGUCAUAAAGAAGGUGAAGAAAUAACGCAUCCAUUUGUAGAACAAAAACACCUGCAAGAAGCCUUCCAACCACAGAAUAAUCAUUCACUGGCCUUGAAACCAAAAUUCUUCAUUAUCCAGACUAUUCCUGAACGAGGAAGUGUUACUGAUGCAGUAGGAACAACAGAAGAAAAAACCACAAGAAGAAUUCCAAGAGAGGCAGAUUUUUUGACCUAUACAAGUGAUAGCUACUGUAUACAUAGCUGUGAUGGUGUUGAAGUCAAUUAUUUUAUCAAAGCUGUGGUGGAUGUUUUAAAUAGUCUAGCCAAAGAUAAGAAGAAUAAUGAGUCUGCCAUGGAGAUACAGAGAGUUUUGAUAAGAAUUAACAAAAAAUUUAAAGAAAUAAAACCAGAUAACAGUUUUAAAAUACCCUGUGUUACUUCUUCACUAACAAAGCAGCUGAUCCUAUUUUGAAUUCAGCAAUUAGUGAAUUUAGUGAAAUUCAUUAAAAUUCAAAAAAGAACGUUUUAUAAUACACUUGUAGUUAACUUUUUUUUUUACAUUUUUGUAACAAUAUACAUACCAAUAUACAUAUUGAGAUUUUAUAAUUGUAUUAACUUUGGAAGUACAGCUGAUAGGGAUUUGUCAGUCCCCAAUUUUACCAUUUUCCAUGUAGCCAGAAUUUCUGCAUUCAAUUAUGUAAAUUUAUUGGCUGAUUGAUUGAUUAGUGUUUAACGCCAAUUUCAGCACUAUUGUGUUAUUUCGUGACGGCUAGUUUUUAUUUGGUGUAGGAAGCCAGAGAGAAACAAAGAACUUCGGAAGGAAAACUGACAAUAAUCAAUAUCUUAUAUUGAACACAAAUCAUGUUGAAAUGUGUCUAAAAAUAUUUAAGCGCGAACAUUUUGUAUGUAUUAUACAUAUGAAUUAAGUUGACACAGCUUCAAGUAGUUAAUAAUAUUCUUUUUGUUUUCUUGGUACAAAAUUUUGACUAGUUUGAGUAAGUUUUAGGUUAGGACAAGAAUUUUUCUGUACAUUAUUUUUCUGUAUAUUUAUUUUUUUCAUGUUUAUUAUACAUUUUUAUGUACCAUUUGUGUUUUCACUGCUGUUUGACAUCAAAGUUGGACAUCUACGAUAUCGAGAAACUAGUUAAUUUCUGAUACAUGUUCUUGUGUCUGUCCAAGUCAUGAACUUGGUCAGUGGUUGGCCUUUGUAACAUCAUAAUUCUUUGUGUCUGUUUUUUUUUUUUUGUGGUAUUUGAUGCAAAUGCCAGAUCUUUUAUAGUAUAUAUUAAAUUUAUUCAUUACUG